AUGUACGACGAUGACUACGAUCGCAAUGAUCUGAGGCGUCUCAGCUAUAUAGCGUCACCGUUAGGCGAAUCAAUAUCAACGAUUCCGCGACCCGCCGAGUCCGCUGCCCCCUCCACCUUAUCACCUACCCAGAAACAGAAACAGAAGCAGAAGCAGAACUCGCCGGUCGAGGGACAGCCCAAGACAAAAAAUGGACAUUUACGCCCAACUAUCUCCCCUCAUCGGUCAUUUGACCGUGACAGCGAACCCGGAUCCCCAGACUCCACACGAUCAGUCUCGGAAACCGCGACCUCUUCCUUCCCUUUGAACGAUAUCGAUUACGAGUCGGACCCAGCCGCCGUCGUCCAAGAGCUGAACAACCUGGCCGCCAUUCGCCGUAUGUCCAUGGAUGUCGCAGCAACUGGUGAUCCCGAUCUCCCAUCCUAUGGCGGCAACCUCUCCGUUCCAUCCUUACCUCCCUCCCCCACCGCCGAUGAAAAUGAUGCCUCGAGAUUAUUUUGGGUCCCAGCCAGCCUACACCCCGAACUGGCACCGAAGGAGUUUAAGACAUUUUUGGAAAGCAAGGCCGAUAUAAUCAAACGGAAAUCCGGCGAUUAUUCGUCUCUUGGGCCCGAGCGUCAGGGCUCGGGCAGCGGGCUUCGUCGCAAACGGUCUAUGCUGUCUCGACAAAUUGACAGCUCGUCGGGUUAUACGGAUGGCGCGGAUCGGUUAGAGCGGCAGCGAUCGCAAUCAAGUCGGCGCGAUGGCAUGCUCAGUCCCAACCUGCAGGAGCUGGAAACCAUAGUGGACGAUUCGAAAUCUACCUCCCCGGCCGAGCUCGUGCGAGAGAUGCAAAAUGCGAGCAUCGCGGCCCACGAGGAUAAACCGAUUCUACCCGCGGCACCUCCAGGACACAGCCUACGAAGAUCGACCCGGACACAAUACAGGAAGGGCAGCUUAAAGAAGGGCGAGAAGCCUCCCUACUCUAAACGAGUGGGGAGAGGCCUCUCCGAAUCAGCUGGUUCAGCUCCUCCGAUUACAACCCCAUCCGACGAUCAGCCAAUUCUCGGAUCUACUCGCGUGUCUACGGACUCGGUUUCCUCAACAUCCUCCAGGCCAACGCGUGGGCCCUCGACUUCCUCUCGCGGCACGAGCUACUCUGCCAAUGCCCUUGGCACAGCAUUCGAUUCCAUUCUUGAUAAUCCGGAAGCUGAGCAAGAGGAGGCAAAGGCUGCUAGCACUCAACCACAGACUGACUCUAUCAACCAGUCAAAUGCAGCUUCUUAUGCCCGAGAAUGGAAUUCCCGCAUCGACUCGAAUGCCCGAUCUAAUACGAAUACUCCUCAAAAGCAGCAGGCCGUCCCUGCGAUUAUCGAGACACCCCCUGCCGACUCCCACCGUGAACAGUCUCAGCCCCAGUCCGCCGGCUUCACGAUCAGCCGAACGCAAUGCACCAUCGCAGUACUCGGCCCAGACGUCCCCACAAUAACCCCCCAGAUGGUACCCGGCAACAACACACGGACGGACAGUCUCUCUUUCAUUCCGACCAUGCCCGAGGAGCAACGGAAACCCGAGGACCGUAAAUCUGAGGGCAAGAAGUCCAAGAAGGAGUCCGAGGGCCGAAAGUCGAGCUGGCACUGGUUGCUAGGGAGUGAAGAGAAAGAUAAAAAGAAGGAUAAAGAUGGAGACUCGAAGAAGUCGAGGUCAAGGUUCUCCGACAAGAUAACUCACAAUAAUACUCGCAUCGAAACACCCACGCAAUCAUCCAUGGACAAUAGCCCGAAGGGCAGAGAAAGUCUCAUCCUUGAUCGCCUCGACCCCAAGUUGGAGGAAGAGCGACGAAAGGAUGGUGUUCGGAGGGCUUCGGGGGAGUCUAAGAAAGAGAAAGACGGUAUCUUCUCAUCCAUCUUUGGUGGUGUGCGGGUGCUGAAGGCAGAUGUCGACUAUCCUUGGACUCGAUUUUCCAUCUUGGAGGAGCGAGCUAUUUAUCGCAUGGCGCACAUCAAACUUGCGAAUCCGCGGCGUGCACUUCACUCUCAAGUGUUGCUGAGCAAUUUCAUGUACUCAUAUCUGGAAAAGGUGCAGCAGAUGCAUCCCCACAUGAUGGUGGCAUCUUCUGGAUCCCAGAGGUCUUCUCAACAAAGGGACCAGCCUGAUGAGUACACUCAAUAUCAGCGAUACCAAGAGGCGCAGGAGCAACAACAAUACGCGGAUAGCGCAUAUGAUGAUCAAUCCAUGUAUGACUACGACGACGAUCCGCAUGAUCCGUACCAGUCCCAGGGCAGGAAUGGUAAACAUGGCUACGAAAACGGCCAUGCUUACGAUUCGGGGCAUUACCAGUACGGGCACUCGUCCUAUGGCCAUGAUGCCCAUUUGGAUGACGAUGAUGAUGAUGAUGAUAUGUGGUGA